GGUCUAAACCGACGUCGUCAAGCACGGCAGCAAAUCAGUCGGUACAAACAAAUUAACGAAUAUUCAGUAGGGUUAGGCGGUUAGCGGUUGGGGACUUGGCGAGCACGAGCACGAGCCCACUGGUUAUUCAGUCGGCGUCGCUUAGUCUACUGUCCACUAGGCCUCACUAUUUAAAAAUUCCAGGAAUCCUGGUUGGGGAAUAUCAGGAGCCCCAAUUGCAACUAGACAUCAAGCAUGGGCAUCCCCCAAUUCAUUCCAGCAAGUAAGCUUUAUCGGCAUAAUAAGCUUUCGUGGAUUAUUAUCAAGCACUUAUCAUCAACAUCACACAAUAAUACUAAACUCACAAAAAUUGUACACCCCACAAGCUCCCAUCUUUCAAUCACUAGCAAGGCUCUCUUGGAAUAUGUGGUUUCUUCUCAAUGGCAAUUCAUCGAACAGGUUUUGCCCCAUAUCACGCCCUCCUUGGUCUCGUCUACCCUUUUCGAUCUCCGCUCAUCCCCGGACCACAUUUUCCAGUUCAUGCAAAAGCUCACCUCCGAUUGUCUCGACAUCAACUGUUAUUGCCUCGCCAUCUCAAUACUUUCUCGCCUUCCAUCCCCUCGUCAUGCACUGCAGCUCCUCAAGCAAGCAGUCAGUUCUCGUAUUGCGACUCAAGGAGAGAUUUUUCAUGGGCUGAUGAGUGCUCGAGAGAAACUGCAGUUGAAGAGUACAAUAUCAUUGGAUUUUCUUGUACAGGCACUUUGUGAGUUGAAGAGGUGUGACGAGGCGUUGAAGUGCUUUUACUUGAUCACAGAGAAGGGAAUUUUGCCAAAUGUUGUGACUUGUAAUGCAUUAUUGAGUUCAUUGCUCAAGUGUAAUAGGAUGGAAUCAGCUUGGGACGUGUUCGGCCAGAUGUAUAGGUUGGGGAUUAGUCCAAAUCGCUACACAUUUAAUAUAAUGAUCAAUGUACUGUGUAAAGAAGGGAAAUUGAUGAAGGCCAGACAGUUUGCUGAACAGAUGGAUGGAUUAGGGUUCAAGCCAGACAUCAUUACGUAUAAUACUUUAAUACAUGGGCAUUGUUUCAGGGGUGAUCUCAAAGGAGCAAGUGAACUUAUGGAGGCAAUGAGGGAUAAAGGGGUUAAACCAGAUGCAUACACUUACAACUCUCUUAUCAGUGGGUUGACAAAAGAGGGUAAAUUUGAGAAGGCUUCUGAUAUCAUCAAGAAAAUGGAUGAAUAUGGCUUUGUCCAGACAGCUGUGACUUACAAUACUAUAAUUAGUAUGUACUGUAAUAAUGGGGAUCUAGAAAGGGCAUUUUCUACCAAGGAUGAUAUGGUCAAGAGGGGGAUAAUUCCCACUGUAACCACCUAUAAUAUGUUGAUUCAAGGUUUGAUUCUGGAAGGGAGGGUGACAGAAGGUAAAAAUUUAAUGAAAGAAAUGAGACAAAAAGGGAUGGUUCCUGACGUUAUUACGUAUAACACAUUGAUGAAUGGCCAUUCCAGGGCAGGGAAGGCAAAAGAGGCUCUAAGUCUCCAUGAUGAAAUGUUGACCACAGGUAUUGAGCCUACACUUAUUACUUACACUUCACUUGUUUAUGUACUGGGCAAGAGGAACAGAAUGAGUGAGGCAGAUGACUUGUUUGCAAAAAUGAUACAGAGAGGAAUUCUCCCAGACCUUAUAAUGUUUAAUACAUUAAUUGACGGCCAUUGUUCUAAUGGAAAUAUCGAGCGUGCAAUUUUGAUUUUAAAGGAGAUGGAUAGGAUGACGGUUAGUCCAGAUGAGGUCACCUACAACACUUUAAUGCAUAGGUAUUGUAGGGAAGGUAAAGUUGAAGAAGCAUGUAAACUUUUGGAUGAGAUGAAGAAGCGAGGCAUCAAACCAGACGUCAUUAGCUAUAAUACACUAAUCAGUGGGUAUUGUCGAAAAGGUGACAUGGAGGAUGCUUUUAGAGUUAGAGAUGUGAUGCUUAGUCUGGGAUUUAGCCCAACCCUCUUGACCUACAAUGCCCUUAUACAGGGGUUGUGUAAAACCAAGCAAGGUGAGGCCGCGGAGGAACUUCUCAAAGAAAUGGUUAGCAAAGGCAUUAAGCCCAAUGACGACACAUAUCUUUUUUUAAUUGAAGGAAUUGGGGAUGUUGAUUCUUUCUUGGGGAAAGAAAACCCAUCAGAUAAUCGUAUGAUACAAACAGCAAACAUCUAAUGUGGGAAUGCCAAAGCCUCUAUAGGCAGUGCAGCGAACUCCAACAUUCUUCAAGCACCAGAGGGAAUACUCAUGAUGGUACUUUUUGUUUUGAGAAAACUAGAAAAGCCAUUUGGUAGUGGAUCUUUAAAGUGCUUUCAAUCACUAUCUUUACGAGGGGUUUAAACGUCUACUCGAAUAAUGCAAUCAGUGGAGGAAUCAGUAGCGAUGGAUGCACUAAAGAAUCCAAACAAAUCCACUAAGCAGUUGCACCUUGCGCAACAUUUUCUUCCAAAUGUCACAUGACAGGAAUAUGCAAUGCAACCUUGCAAUCUGUUUGAUGCACAUGAACAAGAUUGGAGGAGCUAAGUUUAUGCAACAAUUAUUGGACAUUAGACCAGAAACAAUUAUUGGACAUUAGACCAAAUGAUUGUGUAAGAUCAAGAACCAUAUUACUUAAGGUAUGAAAGCCAUUAUGUGGUCCAUUUCUUUUGAAGACGUCCUUAAUACCCUGUGAAACUAUUUUAGAAGUAUUUGCCCAACUUGAUGAAAAACACACAGUGACAGACCCCUAAACUUGCAAUUUAUUUUUUGAUCGGAUAAGCGAUGUUAGCCGAGCAAUCCUAGCACGCUACCAAAUUCAGACAGGCUCUACUUUCACAACAUACAUUCCAAGUGGUUAAUAUAAUAGAUUUAUUCAAAUAAAUCCAUUAUGACAAUAUUUCAGUUAUUGAUUGCAUGUAUCCUCACCUUAAAUUUCUGCAUCCAAAAUAAUUUAGCUCUUGAAGCUAUGCUUAACUGUGAAAAUUUAUACUGUAUCAACUUUGUAAGAGAUACGUAGUAUAUUGAAUUACACAUCUUUCUCUUGAACAAACACCAUAAUGACAUCAAUUAUCAAAUUAAAG